CCCAAUGAAAAAAAACAGACCCCCGAUGUUAAUGGCAGUGUUAGUUCUUUUACUGCCCAGCCUAAGCCAAAUAUGGAGAUUUUUUUAGAGAACGAUCCACAGGAGGAUAUCUCGAAUGCAAGUUAUCCUUUGGAAACGGAAUCGCACGUAAAAUAUUUUGUCAACAGUCCUCAGUGUAAAAUGCUCCAACCAGAUCCGUUUGCCAAAAAUAUUAUGAAGAUCUACAACAAGAAAUAUUAUACGGUGUGCGACCACAGUCCUGACAUGGUCACAGUGAACUACAACUGGACGGACAGCACCUACAGUCUGAUCAAGAACGAGAGCAGCGCCUCGUGCUGCUACAAGCGGAUCCUGCGGGCAGGAGUGAGGACCGGGGCCGACCAGCACUACACGCUUCAUCCUUGCAUAAAAUUUGAGCACAACUUUGUAGUGCCGCGCGACGUGGAAGCCAUGAUCACCGAAUGCCGUCGGUCAAACGCCACUAAGGUGUCGCAAACCGAUGCCUUCGCAUUUGUCCAUCCUCGUAAUGAUUCUACCAAGACCGAGUCUCGAAGGCCGAGUGUCCUGUUGCUGGGCAUUGAUUCCGUGUCCCGGAUGAAUCUCCAGUUGACGAUGCCUCAGAUGUACAAGUAUUUGGCCUCCCAGCACUGGUUUGAAAUGCAAGGUUACAAUAAGGUGGGCGAUAAUACCUUUCCCAAUCUUAUGGCGGUGCUCACAGGGUUGAACAAGACCUACGCCAUUACCCGCUGCCGACCCGACGAGGUAGGUGGCUUGGACGCCUGUCCUUUCAUCUGGAAAGACUUCAAGGCCAAGGGCUACACGACAGCAUUCGCCGAGGACUGGAGCCCAUUCUCCACCUUCGAUUACUUGAAAAGGGGCUUUCGCGUUCCGCCGACGGAUGUGUACGCCCGGCCACUGGUCAUGGCCGUGGAGAAGGAGCUGAACGCGACCUAUGAGAGUGGAAUGCCGCACUGCCUGGGCCGAAGGCUGGCCUCCGAGUACAUCUACGAUUUAGCGGUGGAGUUCACCAAGGUCAACCGGAACCGCACCUUCUUCGGAAUGUUCUGGACAAACACCUUCAGCCACAACAACUUCGCCCAGCCAUCCUCAAUGGACGACCGAAUGGUGAAGUACAUGCGGACGUUGGACAAAAAUGGUGUGAUGGACAACACCAUCAUUUUAUUCUUCAGUGACCACGGCAGCAGAUUUGGACCGUUGAGGAGAUUGAGUAGCGGCUUCCUGGAAGAGCGUCUGCCGUUUAUGUUUAUCCGCCUGCCCCGAUGGAUUCGCGAGAAGUAUCCGCACUUUGUGAAGAGCUUGGAAGCGAAUCGGAAUCGUCUCACCUCACCGUACGACAUCUACGCUAUGUUCAAGCACAUCCUGGACCUGGACAAGAAGGUGGAGCAACUGCCUCGCCCCAACAGCUGUCCCAGCUGCCACAGUAUAUUCGAGGAGGUGGACUGGUCCAGGAGUUGCCACCAGGCAGGAAUCGAUAAGCAUUGGUGCGGCUGUAAUAGCAUUCAGCCCGUUUCAAAAGACGAUGCCACUGCCAAAAGCAUAGCUGAGCAACUAGUCCAGGCUAUCAAUGGAUUCCUGGCUGAGAACAAGGGAGCCAAAAAGUGUCAGAAGCUCAAGCUUAAAAAUGCCUCUUCAGUCCAGCGCAGGAGCAAUUCCAGUGCCUAUCUGGUACAGUUUUAUGCGAAUCCGGGUGGUGCCUUAUUCGAGGCUACGGCGGAUUGGGAUGCCGACCGGAAAAAAGUGUCCGUCUCGGUGCCCAGCAUAAGUCGGCUAGAAUCGUACGACAGUCAAUCACACUGCACUUCGGUUAAGGAAGCCAAGAAAUUCUGCAUCUGCUGAGCCUGGCAUUUUAACCGCAAAAAGAAGUACUCUAAUUGUAUCUAUCGGAUCUCGUGGCCAUUGUUCCCUAUCGCUAGGGACCAUCUCUGUUCCGGAUAACUGGUUGCUGGCAACCGCUACCACUUCCGCAGAGAUAAUUGCCGCCCGGCGAUUGUGUCAAUGGAAAAUUAGUUAACAAUUACACGACAAUUGGCAGAUUCCCGGGUAAUUGGCCCAGCUGAGAUUACCAAAGAAUCGCUUAAAUUAGUUGCAAUGGCGUACAAAUAUAUAUCUGUGUAGUUCCAGUACAGAUUGUAAUGCCUCUAUCUUAUCACAAAACUUUCACUCUUGAGUCUUGAACCUAUUAAUCUAUAAAGAAACUCUCAUAAUUAAGAUAAGCUAGAGAAGUACGCACACCAUACGAAUAAGGGAAAUAACUUUUAUAAAAUCCAACCGAUAAUUUUAAAUCGUAAAUACAAAAAAUUUUAACAAAAA